AGCAUGUUAGUGUGUUAGUAGUUGAAGCAACUAAGUAUGGCAUUUCUGCUGGAACUUUCUGACAGCAGAUUAGUCUAGGUAAAAUGAUGGGUCUGUGCAUGGUGACCCAUGCUGUUAGGCCAACUACUUUUGUAUUUUUGAAGCCUAUAAAUUAAUGAAAUGAAGCUCAUGAUCAAAUGAGCCAAUUUACUUCAAGUAACAGAUUAGUUUCUCUUGUUUUCUGCUCUAAAUCCUUCAAUUGGUAUCAGAGCAUUCCUUAAGUUCUUAGAGGAUCUGUGAGUCCCAAAAAUUAAGUGAAAAGCCAUCAAACACUUUUCAGCCAGCCUUUGUCAACCUUAAAUGGCCUCAAGCAAUUGCUCCUUACCUCCACCUCCUAUUUUUUCUGGUGAAAACUACGAGAUAUGGGCUGUCAAAAUGAAGACUUAUUUGAGUGCUUUUGAUUUGUGGGAAGUGGUGAAAAAUGAGAAGGAACCACCACAACUUCCUGCAAAUCCAACAGUAACUCAAAUGAAAAAUUAUAGUGAAGAAAAGGCAAAGAGGUACAAAGCUAAAAGCUAUAUUGAGUCUUCAGUUUCUGAUGACAUAUUCAUUAGAAUCAUGACUUGUGAAACUGUAAAACAAGCUUGGGAUGUGCUCAAGGAAGAGUUUCAAGGCAGUGACAAGAUAAGACAAAUGCAAGUGUUGAAUCUUAGAAGAGAGUUUGAAGUCUUAAAGAUGAAGGAGUCUGAAAAUUUAAAGGAGUACAAUGACAGACUCAUGAAGAUAGUAAACAAGAUUAGAUUACUUGGUGAGGAGCUGUCAGACAAAAAAUUGUAGAGAAGGUUCUUGUCAGCUUA